AUGGAAAGUGGAUAUGAAAGUGGAUAUGAAUAUGGAAUUAAAAGGCGUGAUGAAGGUGGAUGUGGAGAUGGAGAAAAUUAUCAAAGUGGAAAUGAAAAUGAAGGUGGUGGAAAUGAAGUUAUACUAGAAUUUUCAAACGACUAUUAA